GUGUAUCUAAAAUGUUUUUGAGAAAGUAAAUUGUUUUAGAAGUAAAUAGUUUCGUCAUAUUUAGUUUAUAAAGGCAUAUUUUGGUACAAAUCUUGAAGUGGGCCAACUGAAGUGGGAAGGGGCUCGUAGUUCCUAGUUGACAUCUUGUAGGAAAACCUACAUAGUAUCAAAAAACGACAUAAUGUCACUUUUCAAGUUAUGUAAAACUGUCGAUCCACUGAAAUCAGGUUAAAGUUGAGUUUCCGUCCAUUCUCGUUAGUUUUUCUGAUGCUGAGUAGAUCUUACGAUUUAAUACUUCCUACGCCUACUGGCGAGCAAGUAUUGUAAUUGCGAGGAAUUUCGAAAAUGAGAUAGGUCUUUUAGAUGUUUCAUCACAAAAAACCAUGUCACUCAUUACCGUCGGUCUGUCUGUCUGUUUGUCGGUCUCACCGCCAAUUCUAUAACCGCCUAUAACUUCAGAAGUACUGCUCAAAUUGUGAUGAAAUGUUCACAUAAGGUUACCACUAUAGCAAGAAUAAAAAAACUUUGUAGUUUUUGAAAAUCGGUCUGUCUCUCCGCUGGUACUUGACGGCUCUAUAGCAUGGAAAGUACUGCUCGAAUUUGGGUGAUAUUUUGAAGCAAGGACGACAAGGCUUUGUAGUUUUUUGUGUGAUGCUUCCGCUCAUUUUCAGAAAAAAAAAUUAAGGGAUACACAUUGGCGGGUUUGGGGUUGUAGGGGGUGGGAGAAGGUAUAUGUAUUUUUUUACGAUUGUAAAUUUAUACGUCUCCAACCCUUUACCCCUUACCUCGGUAAGAUUCAACUGACCUACUAAUACAUAUUUCACGCAUCAUAGAUUUCCCAAUACAUUUGCCUAUAAAACAGAGGCGCGGCGCGUAUCGCAAUGUUACAAACGUAUACCUAUGUGUAAAAAAUCCUGUCUGCGACUUAUGGCAUGGCUGGCUGGAGCGGUUCAGCAAUGUUACCAGAUGGCCGAUACUGUCGGUAAAGUAGAUAAGACGUUUCGAGGUUGCAGAGUCAUCAAAUCAAUAGGGACCAUGGACUAACUGCAUGAGCCUGUUUGGCUAUCUUGAUCACUUGAUCACUUUUUCCGUUAUGCAUGGUCGUAGCAUACUAACUUGUGCCGAACCUAAUCAGCUAUAAACUGAUGACAGCGUUGAGUGUGAAGUGCAGAUACUUGACGUCGUUCUUUCUAUGAGGUGAUACCAAGAGAUCCGAGGUAAGUCAAGAAAAUUUGAUAAUAUUCAAGGACUCUGAGGCGAUUCAAAGAAAUCUGAACGAAAUAGAUCUUAGGUUCCAUUAACGAGCCAGUGCUCAACCCUUUGACUUCGGAUGCCGGAUGAACAAGCCCUGAGAGUAACCGCUAGCGUAGAUAAGAUACUCAACGGGACCUAAGUACUGAUUUGGCUUCCUGUAAUACAGUACGUGUCACCUUCGGCCGAAGAAAGCGCAAAUAAUCCUAUCCAAAUUAUAAUUUAUCGGCAAUAAGAUGCUCCUAAUCUUUCAAUUGCCGUUAUGAUGAUACCUCGCUAUAUCGCGGUCGGCUUGUGUAUACGAUACGCGACCCCCAAUUGGUGCAAAUUGCUGUCAAAUGAGCGGAAAACAAAAGACGAUAGGGGGACUGUUGGUUGUUGGAAAACGCAGCCUACUUGAAUGCACAUUGAAUCUGCCGGCAUGAAGUUGAAGUUGGGCUACUCGUUUGUGUUACUGAUCGUGGUCAGUUUCAUCGGACAGGUGGAGUUAAGGAGAGGCAGGGCGAGGAGUAGGACUAAGUCAAAGUUUCAAAUUGGUUUGCCUAUAACAGGAAAAUACAGGGACCCGGAAUCUGAUCAGUACUACAAUAACAACAACGGUGCAAAGAUAACACUAGCUUCCCACUUUGACUAUGAAUACGUGCUAGGCCACAAAAUAGCCUUUUUGUGCGUGGCCAGAGGCAACCCAAGGCCACACAUAACAUGGUACAAAGACGGGAGCGAGAUAUUCACACACCAGUACCUCCACAUUCACGAAUGGCAAAUGGGCACUGACAAAAUAAAGAGCAAAUUGGAGAUUGACCCCGCCACGCAAAUGGAUGCUGGGGUGUACGAGUGUACAGCGGACAACAUGUAUUCUAUCGACAGGAGAUCCUUCAAGACAGAUUUCAGCAUCGCUUUCGAUUAGGACUAGUUAUACGGAUGAAAUAAGUGUUAGAUUUAAUAAAAAGAUUGUUGGUUUUUAUUUGUGA